CAUGGCUGGCGAGGUGGACCCGUCUUGCAACCCGGUCGAAUUGAUGGGCCAGGAUGCGUGUAACCCCAGUGGCCUGUAUGGGGUGGAGCGGGAGACGGAGGGGGGCGAGGAGGGGGCCGGCAGCAUCCACAACUCCGAGCCCACCACACGCAACACAGCGGAGUCUGACUUCAGCACAUUUGAUAUUGUUAAGGCGACGCAGUAUGGAGCGUUCGAGAGGUGCAAGGAGCUUAUCGAGGCCGGCUACGACAUAAACAAGAGAGACGGCGAGAACGUGACGCUCCUACACUGGGCGGCGAUCAACAACAGAAGAGAGAUUGUGAGGUACUACAUCUCCAAGGGUGCAGUAGUGGAUGCUGUUGGCGGGGAGUUGAUGUCCACACCUAUGCACUGGGCCACCAGACAAGGGCACCUGGGGAUGGUCGUGUUGUUGAUGAAGCAUGGCGCCGACUCCUCCAUGCGGGACGGCGAGGGCUGCUCCUGCAUCCACCUGGCCGCCCAGUUCGGCCACACUGCCAUCGUGGCGUACCUGGUGGCCCGGGGCGCGAACGUCAACCUCAUGGACAAGAACGGAAUGACGCCCCUCAUGUGGAGUGCCUACAGGGUGACCAGCCUUGACCCGACCCGACUUCUCCUGACCUUCGGCGCCAGCACCUCCAUGGCGGACCGUCUGCACGGCAACACAGCGCUGCACUGGGCCGUCAUCGCCAAGAACCACCGGGCCGUCAGCGUCCUGGUCAACCACGGUGCCAAUGUGGAUAUCGCUAAUGCCAGGGGUGAGUCAGCGUACAGCCUCAUCAUGAAGAGGAAGACACAGUGGCUGGACAAGAAGGUCCUCGAAAAGAUUCAGGAGAUGCAGAAGUCCUCCAGAAACAUUUGUUACCGCAUCAGCAACGACAAGACACUAAGGUACUGGACGAUGAUGGGGACCCCUUUCCUCGUCUUCUACGCGGUGGGUCUGGUGCUACAGCUUAACCUUCUCUACGUGCUCAAGAUUGGGAUAUUCAUGGCACUCUACAUCAUCAUCUACGGGGUGUCACGCGUCCUCUUUGAUGAACGGCUCAUGACGGUGAUGCCCAUGGCUGUCUACCUGGCGACCAAGUUCUGGUGCUACGUGACGUGGGUUCUCUACAUCCAUGAGUACGUGGGUCCCAGCAUGACGGGCAUCUUCUUCGUCACGUCGCUCCUCCUCUGGUACAACUUCAUGAGGGCGUGGCGAGGCGACCCGGGAGUCAUCACCGCAGACCAGGCCCAGAAGUAUCAGACCAUCAUUGAGUUAGCAGAGCGGGACGGCUUUGAACCUCAGUGGUUUUGCUCGACCUGCCUGGUUCGCCGCCCCAUCCGGUCCAAGCACUGCUCCGUGUGUGACCGCUGCAUCGCCAAAUUUGACCACCACUGUCCCUGGGUCGGCAACUGCAUAGGCGCCAACAACCUGAAGUACUUUAUCGGCUACCUGAUCAUGCUGUGUGGGAUGUGCUGCUUCAUGCUACAGGGCUGCUUCUACUUCUGGAAUGGGGCGUGCAGCAUCUUCUUCCUCAAACAAGGCUUCUGGUCAGGUCUUGGGUUGGUGGGAACAUGCGAGCCCUGGGUGUCAUGGGUGGCCGCCAACGCCCUACUGCAUGCUGCCUGGGUCGCCACACUGCUCGGAUGUCAGCUCUACCAGGUCCUGAUCCUCGGCAUGACCACUAACGAGCGCAUGAACUGCUACAGGUACAAGCACUUUGAGGUUGGGAAGAAGGGCGAGGUGCGGUCACCCUUCCAUCGGGGCGUGUGGCGUAACCUGCUUGACCUACUCGACUGGUCCUGCUUUGGCCUGCUGCACCCUGACCGCACAGACUGGCUCAGGACCUACACCCUCACCGAAACGACCACCGGGGACAAGCAGCCACUCCUCUCACAGUCAGACAUGUACCAGUAUGUCUAAGCUGACCAAGGCACAUCAUAUCAUAGCCAGACAUGUAAUACCUCUAUGGCAACUACUACUACUACAACAACUGCAACUACUACUACUUUUCCUACUACUUCUACUACUAUCAAGGUAUGUUUGCUAUCGUGUCAACAUCGCCGUAAUUCGUAUUCGUAACAGGAAAAUGAAAAAGAGAAGCUAGUCGGGGAAAUUGAGAGGUGGUACAGUAUAUAAAUAAGCUGCUGCCGAAUUAAUGAGUGUUCAUCCUAUUAUAUUUUAUUUUACGAUUGUUUAUUUUUACGCCACAUUUCAAUUUUCCAGUCUCUUUUUUUUAUUCCUGGUAUAAGUAUUAAUGAAAAUGGUGUGUGAAUGGAUUGGCAAACAUACCUUUCUACUACUACUACUACUACUACUACUACUACUACUACUAUCAACCCAUGUAGUAUUGAGGGUUAUACAUCAGACAUACAUUCAUACAUACACUCUCCUGUUAUGUAUGAUCAGACAUGUAAGUAAUUCAAUGUCUAACAAUUCUGUAUAGCCGUGACUUUAUACCAGACAUGCAACUAACAACCUCCAACAGACAUAACAGACAUUUUCUCAGUAUCUUUUAAGCUGAUGAUGAUGAUGAUGAUUGAGUUAGCCAUGUCUUAAGAGCAGCCAUCAAGAUACUACUUUAUUGUACUAACUUUCAGACAGCUACUUUUUAACAAACAGACAUUUCUAUCAGUAUGUCUAAGUCUUGUAUGCGGCCACUACCACCACUACCUAUUAAGACAUACUAUCAGCCCUUUUAACGAUACUACCAGAGCUCUCGACGCAGUGAGACAUAUGUUGUUUUAUGUCUUAAGUACGAUGGGAGUCUUACGUCAAUGUGUACCGCUAUCGUUAUUAUUAUUAUUAUUAUUACUAUUAUUAUCAUGGCCGAGUGUUUUAACGAUGACCACCGCUGUUGUGUGUUGGUUAGGCUGCGUUUGUGUGUGUGUGUGUCUGUGUGUGUGUGUAUUUAGUGCCUGACUGGGAUUAACGCAAGAACAAACUGCAUUUUUUAAUUUUUUUGGGAAGUGUGGCUUUACUAGAUUUUGUAAUUUUGCUGUCGUGUGGUCUAGUGUGUGUGUGCGUGUGUGUGUGUGUGUGUGUGUGUCGCGGUUAGCCUCACAGCAGCAGAGAUUUUAAGUUAGUCACACCAACAAUCCAUUUUCCUUUAUUGUAUAAGGCUGUAGUAUUUUUUGUUUAAUAUUGAUUUUAGGUAUUUUUUUUAGUUUCCCCUGCAGCAAGUCGGGUUUUCUGUGGGUGAUCGGUGAGCCAAAGAUGUUUUUUUGGGUUUUAUUCCCCUCCCUCCCUCCCUUCCUGCCUUCCUUUGUUUGGUUUUCUUAUUCCUUUUGGUUUUAUUUCCCUCCCUUCCUUCCUUCAUUUUUGUUUUUUAUUCCUCUUGGUUCUGUUCCCCUCCCUUCCUUCCCUCACACCUUCCUUCGAUUUUGUUUUUAUUUCUCCUCUUCCUCUUCCUUAUUGUACAUACCUCUGAACUUCUUUAUACAUAGCACGAGAAACACCUCUUCAAUUCUUCCCUCUUCCCUUCCUUUCCUUCUUCCUCUAGUUACAAACAGUAUCUUCGGUCUUUUUGUACAUAGGGAGACUUUUUAAGCUCAUCGUUAUCCUUUUCUUUUUGCUUUUGCGUCAUUAUAUUUUUCUUUUCGUCUCUUUUGAAUUUGCCUUAUUAUCUUUUGCCUUGCCCUUCUCUUUCCUCCUAAUCCUCCAUUUUUUGCACAUAUUUCCACUCCCGUUGUUCUCAUUUCUACCUUACUCUCAACAUUCCAAGGGGCAGGGAAUGGGAUUAGUCCUAUGAAAAUGUUGACAAAAAGAAACUGAAAACUGAUUAUAUAAAGUAGACUGUUACAUGAAAGUCUUUGUUGUGUAAAAGAAAGAAAAGAAGGAUAUAAUUUGAAUGGCCUUAGUUGUAUGACAGAGAGGAAAGAAAAGGAUGUUAUUGUGAAUUGUGUGAAAAUGUUAACAAAGAGAAACUGAAAACUGAUUAUAUAAAGUAGACUGUUAUAUGAAGGUCUUGGUUGUGUAAAAGAAAGAAAAGAAGGAUAUUAUUUGGAUGGCCUUAUUUGUUUGAAGGAGAGGAAAGAAAAGGAUAUAGUAAUUGUGAAGGUCUUCGUAGUUUUGAAAGAAAGGAAAGAAAGCAAGGAUAAAAUUAGGAAGUUCUUAGUCAUUCGAAAGAGAAGAAAGAAAAGAAAGAUUUGAUUAUGGUCUUAGUUGUUUGAAGGAGAGGAAAGAAAAGGAUAUAGUAUUUGUGAAGGUCUUCGUAGUAUGAAAGAAAGGAAAGAAGGAAAGGAUAAAAUUAGGAAGUUCUUAGUCAUUCGAAAGAGAAGAAAGAAAAGAAAGAUUUGAUUAUGGUCUUAGUUGUACGAAAGAGCGGAAAGAAAAAUAGGAUUGUAAUGGAUGGAAAGUUGGAUAGAUCGGAAAAACAUAUAAUUGUUGAGGGAAACUUUAUUUAUUUUUAUUUAUUUAUUUUUGUUUUAUUUUUUUUACAACAAAGGAGACGGCUCAAGGGCAACAAAAAGUGUGCAGAAAAAAAGCCCGCUACUCACUGCUCCCAUAACAGACAAGAGUAAAGAGUGGCCAAAAGAGAGGUCAAUUUCGGGUGGAGAGGUGCCUUGAUACCCUUGCCAUAUGCUGACAACUAAAAGAAGACAGUUGUAACGUAAGCAAAAAAAUCCUUCAUAUCAGACCGAAGCCUACAUCUCACUCGCUGUGUAUAUGUUCACAAAAAUAAUACAACAAGGUCACAUAUAUGGAGAGCAAAGUCCUUCAUCUAAGAAACUUAAAAAAAAAAAUCAAUAAGGUCACUCAAAUGAAAGGUUAGUGAAUGAAAAUGAAACAAAGGUCACAUAAAAAGAAAAAAAAUAAGAAGAAGAAGGAAUAAGUAACCAAGGGGGGGGGGGGGGUAAUAGGACAGAUCACCAAAGACAAAUUUUAUACUUGGGAAGAACAAAAAAAUACAAAGCCAUUAUAUUGUGUGUUGGUCAGAUGGUGGCGAGUAUUGCUAAUGAUAAUACUAAUAAUAAUGAGCCCACUAUGGUCAUUAUAUUGUGAAGGUCAUCCAUGGGGGUAGAAUUGGUGGAGUCGACAUCAACCCAAUUAAGUGAAUCUGCCCGAGCUGUCAUUUUUACGGCCAGGUGUCAGGUGUUGUCAGGUCAGGCUCCCUCUUAAUGGGCUCGGCCAGGCUCGCCCACCCCCAUUUUUUGGCCGUAAAUUUGACAGUUCGUCGGCUUCACCUCAAGGAAUGGGAUUAGCGGGCCAUGUCGACUCCACCAAUUCUACCUCCAUGGGGUCAAUGUAGGUGGUUUUGAAUAUCACUAAUAACAAUAAUAAUAAAAAUGACCCACCUAUUGUCAUUAUAUACAGUAGACUCUCUGUUUAACGCAAGACAGGUACGAAAGAAAUCAAAGCAAAAUGGAGGUGGUAUUUCAAAGGGAUUUAUCGAUUUGAGACUGGUAGGCCUUUUUUUAGUGUGUGUGAAGGGGUCAGGUCCAGGCAGCGUUACCAUAUUAUCGCACUCAAAACAUAGCAUUUAUCAGUUCCAGGGCCCGAAACUCUCCUACCCACACAGAUAACGAGAUUCCAGUUAAAGUUAUCGUUAAAAGCGUUACUUAUUGGUGUUUGUUUGCGAUAGCUGUGAGUCGGAAACCGGAAAAUACAAUGUGUAGCAUGGCUGAGUACGCUAACUUGGUAACACUGGGUCAAAGGCACAGUAUGAGGAAACCCUAUAGAAAUGUGGUAAAUGGAGGGUCUGCUGUAUUGUGUAGGUCAGUCAUGGAUCAGUGGGUCAUGUGAAGGGGUCAGGGUCAGGUCAAGGGCACAUUAUGAGGAAACCCUAUAGAAAUGCACUAAAUGGAGGGUCUGCUGUAUUGUGUAGGUCAGUCAUGGGUCAAGAGAUAAAGGUGGUUUUGAGUAUUGCUGAUGGUAACACUAGUAGUAAUAAUGAACCAGCUAUGCAUGGGUGUUGGGGUCGCUGCUGCCAACACCUUCAUGGGUUUAAAGUUAGAUACGAAUUUUGGGGUGAGUUGUGAGGUGGGUCUGUGUGCCUGUCCAGUCUGCCUGUUUGUUUUGCCUUAUAGAGUGAGAAUAUUUAUUUUUAUUAUUAUUUAUAUGGAUUUUUAUGUUCUUUGUUUUAUUAAUUUUUUGUGAUGAAUCAAAAUUUCACCUUUUGUUAAAUAUAUUGUUACCUAAAUGGAUAGUAAUGUUCCUUAUUUUAUUUUAUUUUGUGGUGAAUCAAAAUUUAAUCUUUUUUGUGUGUGUUACUUCUAUAAUCACUUGUGUGGAUGGUAAUGCUCCUUAUUUUAUUUAUUUUAUUUAUUUUAUUUAUUUUUUAUUUUUUUUGCUCUUUUCUUUUUCUGUCAAGACAACUAAAUAUAAUUGCUGAGGGGAACUUGUCAUAUAUUGAUAACUAAAAGAAGACAGUUGUAAUGUAAGCAAAAUCCUUCAUAUUAGACAAAAGUAUGCAUACGUAUAGGAAGGCACUUUUUUUUUUUUUUUUUUUUUUUUUUAUCUACUUUUUCUUCUUUUUCAAAUCAAUAUAAAUAAGGAUCAGUGUACAGGACAAACUCGCCCCACAACUCACAUUAACAGUCACCAAAGACACCAAUAUAGAGCGGUGUACAUGUGUGCGUGAGUGUAUGUGUGCGUUUCAGUGUGCAUGUGUCCGAGUGUGUGUGCGUUUGCAUGUGCACCUCUACGCCAGACAGCCUCGUGCUCCUGGCCACUAGUCACAAAGAGAAGGAGGUCAGGACUCUAUGGAAGGACUACUCAGAUGCCUUUGCCCGUCAAGCUCCUCCGAGGUGCGAGGUCUUAAGGUUUUGUACAUUUGUUCUUGCCGCGGGGAGUCCUCGCUUCUAAGGUCGUUCGCUUCUCUCAUGCGUCGGUCAGUCAGCCAGUCAGUUAUUCGUUGCCGUGCGUGUGGAUCUGCCGUGGAGCUGAAACCCAUAAGUUAAAUCCACGAGCCUCUGUUUGUGAUUACCGUACGUAGGAGCUUUUUUUUAUACAUCCGUAAACUUUGUACAUGUAGUUUUAUUUUUGUCUUUGUAUGUGUGGCUGGAUGUGGAAGUGACGAAAAUGAUAAUCCCGUUACGUACUCCACAUCCAUGACUCUGUUUGUGUUUUAUAGGUUAAUGUCUAUGAAAAUGUGACUUGUGAUGAUGGAGGUGAUGAAAAUGAGAAUCCCGUUACGUAAUCCACAUCCACGACUCUUUAUUUGUGUUUUUAUAGGUUAAUGUGUCUAUGAAAAUGUGACCUGUGAUGAUGGAGGUGAUGAAAAUGAGAAUUCCAUUACGUAAUCCACAUCCACGACUCUUUAUUUGUGUUUUUUAUGCGUUAGUGUGUCUUUGGAAAUGUGACUUAUGAUGAUGGAGGUGAUAAAAAUGAGAAUUCCGUUACGUAAUCCACAUCCAUGACUCUUAUUUGUGUUUUUUAUAGGUUAAUGUGUCUAUAGAAAUGUGAAUUAUGAUGACGGAGGUGAUGAAAAUAAGAAUCCAAUUACAGAAUCCAUAUCCACGACUCUUUAUAUUUAUGUUUUUAUAUGUUAAUGUGUCUAUAGAAAUGUGAAUUGUGAUGAAAAUGAGAAUCCACUUAUAGAAUCCACAUGCAUGACUUUAUAUUUGAUUUUUAGGCGUUAAUAUGUCUAUGGAAAUGGAAAUUGUGAUGGGGAUGAAAAUAUAUGUUGUAUUGAUGCAUUUACGACUCCAUAUGAUUGACAGUUAUGUGUAAGUGUGAUUAUCAGUUGUGGAGUUGAAGAAAACGUAACGCUAUGUCCUGUACAGCCUAUGAAUCCACAUCUCUGCAUUUAUGGUUAUGUCGGAGCUUGUUUUUAUACUUCCAUAUUUUGGGGUAGAUUGUUGAACGUAGAAGCUUGAUGACGUGGGACUCCUUUUUUUUUUUGGUCUGUAACUGUGGAUGUUUCGACGUAAUUUUAAGUUUGUGUAAUAAUCGACGGUCUUGUCCUCCCUCUUUCCGUUGGGUUCGUGAGGCGUUGUUGUGAGUUUUCGACCAAAGAUAUGAUAAUUGUUGUACCUCUCCCUCCCAACAACCUUCCAGUCAUCGUACCAUUGAUGCUCAUACUGCUGUUCCUCCUCCUCCUCCUCCUCCUCCUCCUCCUUCUCAGUCAUCUUCAGUAAGGCAUGUUCGUCAGUUCGUAUGCGUCUUUCCAAUCAGUUCCCAUAUCAGAAAAAAAAUACAAAGGAAACUAAACAGGAAUGAAAAUGGAUAAGGUUAAAAUAGAGAUUGGUUAACGUUUUUAUUUUUACUUUAAUAUUCGUUCAGCAAUAAAAAGAAGUGCUCAAGAAAACUAAGCUAAAGCAGGAAAGUUAAGUACGUAAUGUCAAAAUAAAGAUCGGUUAAUGUUUAUAUUUUAACUUUAAUUUUUGUAUGAAUGAAAAUGGAUAAGGUUGAAAUAGAGAUUGGUUAACGCUUAUAUUUUAACCUUAAUAUUUGUUCAGCAUUAAAAAGAAGAAGCGCUCCAGAAAACUAAGCUAAAGUAUGAAAAUUAAGUACGUAAUGUCAAAAUAAAGAUUGGUUAACAUGUAGAUUUUAACUUAACUUUAAUUUUUUGUAGUGCAGUAUCAGAAAGUAGAAGUGCUUGAGAAAACUAAGGUAAAUUUUGAAAAGAAGUAACAUCAAAAUAAAUACUGGUUAAUGUUCUUUUAACUUAACUUUAAUUUUUGUAGUGCAGUUCUUAUAUCAGAAAGUAGAAGCGCUCGAGAAAAGUAAGGUAAAUUUUGAAAAGAAGUAAUGUUGAAAUAUAGAUUGGUUAGCGUUCUUUUAACUUCUCUUUAUUUUUUGUUGUGCAGUUCUUGUAUAUCAGAAAAGAGAAGCGCUUAAGAAAUCUACGCUGAGGUAUGAAAAGAAUUGUAUAACGUCAACAUAAAGAUUGGCUCACAUUCUUUCAACUAACAUUCACUUUUAUCGUGUAGUUCUUGUAUCAGGAAAUUAAAUCGCUCAAGAAAGAAAUAACAUAAAAUAAGGCCGGUUAACUUCAUUUUUCAUUCCUCAGCUCAAUUUCCAACAAGUUACUUUCAAGACGUGAGUACAGUUUGGAUCGGUGCGUACAAACUGGUGAACAUCCUAAAGUCAGAACAAUGUAAGGUUGAGUCUGGGAGUGGCCAGUCAUUGUGUCGUUUGCUCAAAUUGUAGAGUCUGCAGCGUGUGUGUUUAUUUGCCGAAGGUUGAGGAGAGAGACACCGAGAAAAGACAGCCUUCAGUCACCCAGAAAUACGUCCAUCAAACACCUUCAGACACCCAGAAAUACAUCCAUCAAUUAUCCGGAAAACUUUACCCAUCAGAAAACCAGAAAAAACUUACUUUAGACAUCCAGAAAGAUAUCCUUCAUAGAGUUUUAUCCUUCAGAAAUUCAGAAAGCUCAAUCCUUCAAACAUUCACCCUAUGCCCCUGUCCACCCAGCAGUGAAUGGGUACCAGGUAUUAAUUGGGGGUUGUGUUCCGUCUCCUGUGAUCUGUUCCCUUCUCCUAUAAUUCCUUCCCCUUCUGUCUCUCACCGGCAUAUGACCACAGAUGUUGCGUCGACUAAAUGAAACUUUCCAACUUUCAAACAUUCAGAAACAUUUACUUUUCAGUCAUCCAGAGAGCUUUAUCCUUCCAUCAAAGCUCUGUUAUGUGGGAGUCAUGUUUUGUGAGGUCUCAGUUACUAGUCAUUCUUGCCUUUAUGUGAUGGUAAAGGACAGUGUAUUGAGCUGAAAGAAUGCGUUGUUCCGACCUUUUUAAUUCGUUUACUUAUUUGUUUAUUUAUUUGUUUUUAUCUAUUUAUUUUUGGGGAUGUGUCAGCCGGUAUAUUUGUCUUUUUUAUGCUCUAGUAGUGUCCUGAAAAUCCUUCCUACCACUGGGUUGUAUUUUCUUACCAAUCUUACUUUCUACCAAAAUCACAUUCAUUGACACUCUCAUAACUCGGAAUAAUAAUAAAAAAAAGCCAAACUAACUUGGGUGACAAUAAAGAGUGGCAACAUACAUCAACAACCUGUGAUUAAGAGGAACAGAAUCUAAAAGUGAAAAAAAAGAUAUUAAACCCACUUAGCAAUGAAGAACAAACUUGUCACAACCAUAAUCUUACGUAGCUAUACUGUGAGGUUGGUGUCUGGUGGUGUCUCUCUCCCUCACCCGUUUGGCAGAUUCACCCACGCGGCAGCUCUCUGUGUUUUGAUAUGUUCAGCGCAAGUCGGCAGUUGUGUUCCUUCUUGUUUAGUAUGGACACGCUUGCAUAUCAUACUGUCACCUUUGUAAAUAAACUGCCUAAGUCAUUUUUCAGUGAUUUCCGGAUUUUUGCCGCAAUUUUUCAUCAUUUAACGCAUUAUUUUGGUAUAGUCGCCUUUGUCAUUCAAGGUGUGUUUUCUAAAAUUUGCCUUAACCCGGUAGCUGCGGGGAUCAUGUCUCUUAAAGGCCCCUCUAAGCGAGAAAAAUGAGAAAAAAUCGUCACUCAAGCAAACCAUUUCAUAAAAUAUCAACGCAUUUGUGAUCAGUUUAUGCAUCAUCUAUUUUGGGGGGUUUAUAUCAUGUUAGAAAUUUGGCCUGUCGCUGCUGGUACACGGUAAAGCCACAAAUUUGGCCCCUCGCUGCUACCGGGUUAAAACAUUUCUGCUGAUAUCAUAUGCUGACUGAGAAAGUGAGACCCUUUUUUUCAAUAUCCCCAAAAGUAGGAAAAAUGAUAGGCAGCUUGUUUGAGGAGGUGACGUGAUAUAGGCGAAGGUGACAUAGUUUCCAUUGCUCUGUUGCCUUUAUCACUAUUUACCAAGAAGUAGAAUGAAAUGACAGGCAGUUUACUUACAAAGGUGAUGACAUAGUUUCCAUUGAUGUGUUCCCUGUGUCAUUAUUUACCAAGAAGUUUGUUUUAGGAAGACGGUGACGACAUAGUUUACAUUGCUAUGUUGCCCAUGUCACAAUUUCCCAAGAAGAAGAGAAAAUGACAGGCAGCUGGAGGUGACGAUAUAGUUUCCGCUAAUGUGUUGCCUCUGUGACUAUUUCCCGAGAAGCAGAAAAGGACUUAGGUAGCUUGUGUACGAAGGUGGUGAUAAAGUUUCCAUUCCCUGUGUCACAAUUUCCCAAGAAGCAGAAAAAAAGGACUUAAGUAGCUUGUUUACGAAGGUGGUGAUAAAGUUUCCAUUCCCUGUGUCACAAUUUCCCAAGAAGCAGAAAAAAAGGACUUAGGUAGUUUGUUUAUAAAGGUGACAUUGCUCCUGUGUCUCUAUUUCCCGAGAAGAAAAAUGACGGACAGUUUGUUUACGAAGGCGGUGACAUAGUUUCCGUUGCUGUGUCGCCUCUCUCACUAUUUUCCGCCGCUGUUUGUGUGUCACGGCGCCUCACUCGGCCUCCACUGCUGUGUUAUGCAAAUCAUUCCCCGCGUAAGGUUCAAAAUAAUCAUCUGGCACAAACUGUAGGAUGGUUAAGACGUGCAUUUAGCGUUAAGGCCUAAACGAUAUUGCUCUGUAAACUAAUCCUCUUUUUUCAUGACGUUGUAAGGAUAGUAUUUAUAUCGCUGUCGUUGGUAGGGUUUAGCAUCCGAACCAGAGGACGUUUUUAUGCAUAUUUUGUGACGGUUUGGAUUAUUUUUUAUCAUAGCGUGUCUUAUUUUUUUGUAUGAGCAAGAGUAUUAUUAUCUUUAAGUAAGUUUUAGAUCACUGAGUUCCUCUUUUUUGUAUACAUUAAGUGACCGCACCAAAUAUCUUCUUUUUUUUGCUCAUGGAUGUAUAUAUAUUCCAUUUACUCCCUAAUUUAUCAUUCUCUUCCAUUGCUCUGAUUUCCCACUUUUUGAUCAUGGUUUCAUUCACUCAUUUUACCAGACUACGAGUAUUUCAUUUCAUAUUUUCAUCGGUUUGCGCCCCAUUUCAUUUUCUGUGUUUGUGCCGUGUCCAGCAACUUGCCUACACUAAAACCCUUGAACAGAUUUUUGCAUUGAGGCUUCUAGUGGCCUUGUGUGUAUCAGAUGAAGGCAUUUAUUUAUUUAUUCACCCAAACUAUGUAUAGACUCAAUAGGUAACAGGAAAUAAAGAUACUCUCCUCUUUGAACUCCACAUCCUCCUCUGUCUCUCCCUUCAUCAAGAAUGUGUAUAGUCAAUAGGAAACAGGAAUUAAGUUUCUCUCCUCUAUAAACACCACAUCCCCUUCCUCUUUCUCUCCCUUUACCAAGAAUGUGUAUAGAGUAAUAGGAAACAGGAAAUAAAGAUACUCUCCUCUCUGAACUCCACCUCGACCUUCUCUCUCUCUCCCUUCACCAAGAAUGUGUAUAGAGUCAGUAGGAAACAGGAAUUAAGUAUCUCUCCUCUCUGAACUUCACCUCGUCCUCCUCUCUCUCUCCCUUCACUGAGAAUGUGUAUAGAGUCAAUAGGAAACAGGAAUUAAGUAUCUCUCCUCUCUGAACUCCACCUUGUCCUCCUCUCUCUCUCCCUUCACCGAGAAUGUGUAUAGAGUCAAUAGAAAACAGGAAUUAAGUAUCUCUCUUCUAUAAACUCCACCUUGUCCUCUUCUUUCUCCCUUCCCCAAGAAUGUGUAUAGAGUCAGUAGGAAGCAGGAAUAAAGUUUCUCUCCUCUAUAAACUCCACAUCUUCCUCCUCUUGUGUAAAUUAACAAAGACGAUCGACAGGCAGAGAUUAUGGAUUUAGAAAGGAAAACCACUUCUGCUCUCCUCUUCUUCCUCUUUCUCUUCCUUCCUUUCAUGUGUAAAUUAACAAAGAUGCUCGACAGAUAGAGUUCGUCAGUUUAGAAAGGAAAAGAAUUACUCCCACGCUCCUUUCUUCCUCUUCCUUCUUCUCUUCUUCCUCCUUCAUGUCUAGUAACUUGAUGAGACAGUUUUGUAUAUAUUUCUAAGAAUCAACUAGAAGAGUGGAAUUUUGGUAUGUGGUCUUGCCUUCCUCACUCCUCUUCCUUCUCCUCUCCUUUGUGCUGUGUCCAGUAACCUGAUGAGACUCCUUUGAAGAUUUAUUUAGGAGUUUCAAGCAUAAACACCAGACAUUUAUGGCAUUUACUUAUGUGGUCUUGUCUGCCUUGUUCUUCUCCUCUCCUUCUUCUCAUUUAUCCAACGAUGCAUUUUCCAAGACAUGUUUAUGGGAGUUUCAAGCAUAAACCAGACUUCUAUUGCAUUUCAGUGUGUAGUCUUACUGUUUUUUCUUGUCUCACUCUUCUAACUUUUCCCCUUCAUGCUAUUAACGACAUAUUUUCAAAGGCAUAUGUGUAGGAGGUUCAAGAAUCAACCAGACUUUUAUGGCAUUUCAGUGUGUGGUUUUACUGUUUUUCUCCUACUUUCUCCUACUUUCUCCCCUUCAUGCCAUUAACUUGACAUAUUUUCCAAGACAUAUGUGUAGGAGGUUCAAGAAUCAUCCAGACUUUUAUGUCAUUUCGGUAUGUGAACUUACUUCUAUCAUACUUCUCUUCUUCCUUCUUCCUGCACUUAAUGAGACUUUCUUCAAGACGUGUUUGUAAGAGGUUCAAGAAUCAACCAGACUUUUAUGUCAUUUCGGUAUGUGAACUUACUAUACUACCAUACUUCUCUUCUUCCUUCUCCCUGCACUUAAUGAGACUUUCUUCAAGACGUGUUUGUAGAGGUUCAAGAAUCAACCAGACUUUUAUGGCAUUUCAGUGUGUGGUCUUAACUACUAUCUUACUCCUCCUCAGCUUCCUUUUCCUUGCACUUAAUGAGACUUUCUUCAAGACAUGUUUGUAAGAGGUUCAAGAAUCAACCAGACUUUUAUGGCAUUUCAGUGUGUGGUCUUAACUACUAUCCUUCUCCUCCUCAGCUUCCUUCUCUUUGCCCUUAACGAGACUUUCUUCAAGACGUGUUUGUAGAGGUUCAAGAAUCAACCAGACUUUUGGAUAUCUGGUACGUGGCAUUUGUUUACCUGCCACUCACUUCUAUGUAUCAUUAUGGUGUUCGAGGAAGGACGUUUGUGUAUAUUUACCACUGUACAUACCACCACUACCACUACUACCACCAUUACCACUACUACUACUACUAUUACUAUUCCCACAGUUCCAGGAUCAUAGAACAAAUAAUUUCACUGUGCAGUACUGUUAUUAACUGGAACAAAGCAAAAGUAGGCUAGACUAAGGGAUUUUUAUAUACAUAACUACUACUGAUAAUAUAUAUAUGACAGCCUCUCCUUUUUUUUCAUGCCUUUUAUCCACCCACACACACUUCCUGCCCCCCGAGACGAGCCAGUAAUAUGCAGAGUUGGCUUCCCUUAAGUGGUAAAGAUAUCAUUAUUCUGUUUUUUUUAAGUUCUGUGUCACUCCAUCAAAUACUACUACUACUACUACUACUACUACUACUAUGACUGGUACUCCUACUUCUAUCAUAUAUGGUAUCUGCGCAUUUUACUUCUAAUUCUACUAAUACUACUACCACUACUAUAAAAAGAAUACUACUACGUACUUCUAAUUCUACUACUUCUGCCACUAGAAUUACUAUCACUACCUCUACUCUGCUGCCACUACUUCUACUACUACUGUUCAUUUUGUGGACAUUUAUAUCAUCAUUCUUGGGUACGUUUCUAUCAUCAUUUACAUUGUUGUGAUAAAGGGCGGCCGAUGGGUCACUGGGCUGCCGUGAUGUGGGGUAGCUCGUGUAAAUAGAGAGUUAAGGGUUAGCACAAUUUGUCAUGUUCUGCAGUGAAGCCUCAAGCCCCGUAGAGGAUGUUGUGAAGGAGAUGUGUUGUGGGUACGUUUUGUGGUGUGUUUACGAGUGUUUGUUUUGUAAUGUUCUCGUAGUGUUGUCUCGUGUGUUUGGGGAUUUUGUUUAUGGUAGAAUAUUUUUGCUUACAUCUUUUAUUCCUAUACUAAAGUACAGAUUAGGUGAAGUAAGAAAAACGUAGUAUUGUGUUUUAGAUUUUACGGAAGAAUAUUUUUGCUUACAUCUUUUAUUCGUAUAGUAAAGUACAGAUUAGGUGAAGUAAGAAAAACAUAGUAUAUUGUGUUUUAGAUUUUAUGGAAGAAUGUUUUUGUUUGCUUUUCAUUUAUAUAAGGUAAAGUGUUGUUGUUUUUUAUAUUAUUAUUAUUUUUUUUUACAGCAGAGGAGUCAGUUCAAGGGCAUAAGAAAAGGAAACAAAUAUGAAAAAAAAGCCCGCUACUCACUGCUCCUAAAAAGAGUUAGAGGAGUGGCCGAGAGAUAGUAAAAAAAAAAAAAAAAAAUAUGAUCUGUACAUGAAUUAAAAUUACUACAUGAUUCAGGCUUGUAGGGAAAUCUACCUCAUAGAAUGCAAUCAGAAACGCAUAUCUUGUGUUUAGAAAUAGCACUUGGAAAUUAUACUGCAUCCGCACAUUGAUUUUUUGCAUAAGGAAAGCAAGAUUUAAUUUAGUGGUAUAAGACUUUAUUUAAGAUUUACCUCAUGAGCAACACAGUUCUGAUUUUAAUAGCCAGUGAGAUUAUUAAUUUAAUUAUCGAUAUAUUAUACUUUUAUUGGUUUAUUAUAUCGCAUUCACACUUUGAUUUUUUGUAUAAGGGAAGAAAGAUUUAAUUAAGUUAGUGGUGUAAGAUUUUAUUGAAGAUUUACCUCAUGAGCAACACAAUUCUGAUUUUAAUAGCUAGUGAGAUUAUUUAUUUAAUUACCGAUAUAUUAUACUUUUAUUCCUAUGGAGUUUGAGGUUUCACUGCUCACUGUGUCGUUCUUUUUUUAUAUGCCAGUGGACGUCAAAGGUGGCUGUCACUGGGUCUUUAUUAUUAUCAUUACAAAAUAGUUGAUGAUAUAUUUUUUCCAUUUGCAAGCCACAUUCUGUCUGUCAAAGGUGGCUGUCACUGGGUCUAUAUUAUUAUCAUUGCAAAAUAGUUGAUGAUAUAUUUUUUCCAUUUGCGAGCCACAUUCUGUCUGUCAAAGGUGGCUGUCACUGGGUCUAUAUUAUUAUCAUUGCAAAAUAGUUGAUAUAUUUUUUCCGUUUGCGAGCCACAUUCUGUCUGUCACGUAUUACCACAGGAACUCUCACUCGUCACAAAUCCCUCACGCGGCUUCGUAAAAUUGUGGCUUUACUUAUUCUUGUAUGACUCACUUUCAUUUUUUUCUAUUAAAUGUAAAAAAGAAGAACAUGAAUGAAUUGCUGUAGUGUUCUCUCCCUCUUUCGUCACAAAUCCCUCACGCAGCUUCAUAAAAUUGUGGCUUUCCAUCUUUACUUAUUCUUGUAUGACUCACUUCCAUUUUUUUCUAUUAAAUGUUAAAAAGAAGAACAUGAAUGAAUUGCUGUAGUGUUCUCUCCCUUUUCUCUCCAUCUCCUUUUCCUUAUAUGUUGUCAUAUCACCUCGUCACUUUAUAUUGUGUUAUCAUUGUUACUAUGGAGCUUGUGUGUGCAUAUGUGUGUGUGUGUGUGUGUGUGUGUGUGUGUGUGUGUGUGUGUGUGUCAGUGAGCAAUGGACAUACAAACCAAAUUAGAUGUACCGUAAGUUAGAUUUUUAGUAGUUACGUCAAUAGUGAUUAACGAUGUGUGGGAACUGUGUGCAGGUAUUGUGUGUGUGUCUGAGGAUGCAAACUUGUGUAUAUUAUUCCUUACAAUCAGUAGAACACACACACAUACACACACAACAUGAAGGACUGCCUCAUACAUACACAUACACACACACAUACAUCUUUUCCCUUACCAAUAUUCCGAGGUUAGCGUCAUUAUGUUGCUGUAUUCAUCACUUUUAGAACAACGCUUUACCACCUGCCACUCGCUGCUUCUCUUACACUCACACUCUCACACUCACCCUCUCCCGCCUGUGUCCUGGGAGAGCCGUAGGGACGUUCGGAACAAGUGACUGCAGACGUGAAGUGAAAUAAAACUUGCAUGAUUUUUUUUACAGAUA